GCCAAAGUGAAGAUCUCAUAGAAGAAAUUGAAGAAGAAGCUCCAUCUUCCCAACUCUGGAAUUGACAUUGGGAAGCUCUUGUCCAAAAAUCUAGACUGGAAGACAAUUGAGAUGUCUGGACAAAUCCCCUCUGGCCCAGCAAAGAAGGCCGAUUUGAAGAAUGACUAUAAAUUAUUCUUAGAGCUGGUCAUUGCAUGUCUAGAAUGUGGUAGUGGAGGACAUGCAGAUGAUAUAACCCAGGAAAGGGCUUUCAUCAUCAACACCCUCAUUACCAGGACUAAGGUAAAUUGGGCUAAACACUUCUUCAAUUCAGUUUCCAAGCACUUAGGGAAGCCCAAGCAGAAGUAUCUCUGUCAAGGUUUAUACCUUGGACAUAUUCUGGAAUCCUUGGGUGUUGCCUUUGAAGGCAAGAAGUAUGAUGCCAGAUAUUGGUUGUACUAUCUGUCAACCAAGGGUGAAAACAGAGCUAGUUCUACUACAGAAGAUGAAGGUUCUUCAGACAAUGUUCUGAUUGUGAGUCUGAAGAAAUCCUCAAAGAGGAAGCAAGUGGUAUCUUCCUCCCCAAGUGCUGAAGAAGCACACACCCUUGUAGUGGUUAAUCUUGAUGAAGAAGAAGAAGUCUUUGCUCAAGGAGAACUUCAGAAGAAGAAGAAGAAGAGAAGAAUUUCCCCUCCCUCUACAUCUGGAAAUGCCAAUCCGGAUAACUUGGUGCAGAAUGAACCAAAUGAGGAAGUCUCUCCACAGGACCACAGUCCUCAACAACUUGAUGUAGAAACCUCUCAAGCUGAGAACAUCACUGCUGAAGCACAGACUGACAUGGAAGCCGCAACAGAAGAUUUCCAAGUCUUUCCGGAAACCUCCCCUGCUUUUGAUACUACUGGACCUGGAAUUCUGGAGAAGUCAACAGAGAAUCUGGAGAAGUCCACUCCUCCAGAAGAUACAGAGGAAGAAGCUCAGGAGGAACCAGCAGUAGAAGCACUGAGAAGCUUUGAAGAACCUGAAGAAGGAGCUCAAAUAGCUAGGCUGGAGGCCACUGAAACUCCAGUUGCUAUUUUUGAGCAACAACCUGAAGAUGCAGAAAGAGAUUCCCUCUCUAGGGAUAUCUCAAACUAAUAAUGUACUUGGACAGCCAACUACACUUUAUGUCUGUUGUUGAACCCCAAAUAAGAAUUUCAAACUGAAUAAUUGAGGCAUGAGACCUACAAUCAACAGAUUCGAAAAAGCUAAGCACAAAACAGAGUUAAAAAACCUUCAACAAUUGACUAAACCUCGAAUCAUAGCAAUUAUCACAAAUUCCUAAGGACUGAUCCUAAAUUUCCACCAGACAAGAGAGGGAUUACUCUCGGGACAUGAUUGUGGUAGUCAAUUCACAAAAUAAACACAUGAUCACAGG